CGUGUGUCAAGUGUGACGGGAGGAAAAUAUUUGCUUAUUUAAUUUUAAUUUCAUUUAUUGUAAAUUUUUGUGAAUUGGGAACAGGAAUGAGUGAAAAAAGUCAAGGGGCGGAGUCUCUUGACUCCACCAUCAUCGAGUGUGGCCAGCGGUCAAAUGAGUUGCCUUCUUGGGUUUCGACGAGAAGCCGUGGUGGAAAUUUUUUGAAUUUAAGUGGUUUUAGCCAAGCGGAGUCCCUACUGGAAGUCGAUGCCAUGUCGGAUGUGCUACAAUAUUUGGAUAAAUCAUCGACUGUUGGUGACCUGAGUGAUGACAGCUGUACGUCGGAUGCUAGUUUUUGCACUGUGGGGAAGAGACCAAAGGGUUUACGCAUGGGUCGUACUAGUGAAAUAGAGGCUGAGAGAUUUUCGGUGUUGGAAAAAAAAAUCGAAGUGUAUGUGGCUUCGAAAUCAGGGCUCCCAAAACAAUUCAGUUUGGCCAAAUUACUACAGCAUAAUAAUAUCAAAGGAGUUUUGAGGAUCAAAUAUAUGAGUUCUUAUAAAGUCCUAAUACAGCUAAAUACGAAAGAGGAGGCUGAAAAGCUCCUGACCUUGAAAGAGUUCAAUAAUAACGAUAUACACACAUAUUGGGCAAAUGAAACAAGCUGUUCUUAUGGCGUUGUGAAACAAGUUGAGUUGGAAGUUGAUGAAGAAGAGUUUAUCAAAAAUAUUAAAUGUCAGCAGGAAAUUUUAACAGUACGAAGAUUGAAUCGUUUAGAUACUGAUGGUAGGUGGACGAAAUCUGAAGUCAUACGUUUAUGUUUUAAAGGUGCUGCCCUACCGCCAUAUAUCUACGCUUACGGAUGCCGGUUUCAGGUGAGGCCAUAUAAUUUUCCUGUCAGCCAAUGCUCUCGAUGUUGGAAGUACAAUCAUCUAAGCAAAUCUUGUCCCAAGGGUAAAAUGAUCUGUCCGAAAUGUGGAGGAGGACACGCCAAUUGUGUGACAACUAAUUUUAAAUGUAUCAACUGCAAAGGUCCCCACAUGGCCUUAAACAAAUCGUGUCCGGUCUUCUUAAAAGAGAAAGAAAUUCGGGGAAUAAUGGCAUCCGAGGCCUGUACUUAUAAAAAAGCAAUGUGGAUCUAUAGCGAGAACAAGAAAAUGCCAAGUGUAGAGUCCAGGACUCAUGAAAUGCCACCUAUUUCGAAACCAGUUAUUGUGGGAAAAUCAUAUAGAGACGCCGUCCUAUCACAAAAAGUAAAUAAAAAUUCCGACGACACCGUCGAACCAUGCGCAGCCCAAGAGUUGAGGAAUAAUACGCAACUGCAACAAGAGAUGACAGAUCAAGACAUUCGACAGAACGAGAAUGUGAAAAGCCAGGAAGAGGCCCAGCAACCAAGACAAAUCAUAUCCCCAUCACCCUUGAACUCCCCUAAUAACGAAGAUUUUACCGCUAGGGAUAACAACGAGAGCUCCACGGUUUUUACACAAAUUAUUGAAGGUGUCAAAACCAUUCUUAUGUCUCAAGAUAACUGGACCAAUAAGAUAAGCCUCAUAGCUAAAAUUUUAGUUAAGGAACUUGUUGUACUGCUCAUGAGUAUUUUCAACUCCGUAGAUUUCUUUAAGUUGUUUUCUCCAAAUGUAAAUGGCUAGUUUCUUUAGAAAAUCAAAAUUGAAUUUCAUGCAAUGGAACUCGCAAAGUAUUAGGCCUAAGUUAGUUGAAUUUGAAGCCCUAUUGAAUAGUGAAAAGGUUCACAUUGCUUUCGUUAGUGAAACAUGGCUUGAUAGUAACUAUACACUCAAUAUAAACUCUUAUACUAUAUUUCGUAAUGAUAGAUUCGACUCGUAUGGGGGUGUCGCGGUCAUUAUACAUAACUCCAUUAAGGCCCAGUCGUUUCACAUUGCCUUAAAUAACCCUGGUAUUGAAAUUGUAUGUGUUAAGCUUUUAAACUGUGCCUCUUUAAAUAACAUUGUAUCACUGUACUGCCCUUCAUCAGUGCGAACAACUCAACUCAACUGGGAUUCAAUAUUCACGGCUCUUUCGAGUAAAUCAUUAGUAGCUGGGGACUUCAAUGCCCAUCAUACUAACUGGUCAUAUAAAUGUGACGUUAGAGGAAAUCAGCUGUUUGAUUCAGCACUCGAGCAUGGUUUUGUAUCUCUAAAUGAUGGAAAUGCGACAAGGGUUAAACUCGUAAAUGGGUCACUCCAGGAAAGUGCUCCAGAUAUCACCUUUUGCUCGUCUGAUAUUGCUGUUGAUUUUACCUGGCAGGUUAUGAAUGAACAUUUAGGGAGUGAUCAUCUAAUUUUGAAGUUUAGUUUAGAUUAUCGGGAUAUCGGGCACUUUGAGCAAAGAUUAAAUUUUAGAAAAGCGGAUUGGCCUGGCUUUCGCGAAUUCCUAAAAGAAUACCUCUCCAAUCAGCCAAUUCCUACGCAAAACGAUGUUCAAGUUACUUAUGACAUCUUUGAGACUGGUGUCAGUAAGUCCUUAACUAUUAAUAUUCCUGUAAUUAAAACGUGUACUGACCCAACACGGAAUUUCAAACCCAAAAACUAUUGGAAUGCCUCGUUGUCUUUGGCUGUAGCUCAAAGGCGACUAGCAUUAGCAAAAUUCAGACGGAAUCCGACCCCUGAUAAUCUAAAACUCUUGCAAGUAAAGGUUGCAGGUGCACAACGCCUCAUUCGUAAUGCUAAGGCGUCGAGUUGGCGGGAGUUCUGCCAAAGUAUAGAUGAAACUACUUCUGCGUCUGACAUGUGGAAUCGUAUGAAGUGGAUAAAAGGUCAUAAGCGUUCUAGGGUUGAUGCAUCUGAAGAAAAAAAAGUCGAACUCUUGCGUUCUCUCACGCCUGAUUUCGUGCGCCAGGAGUCACCGACGUUUACAUCUGUGAACCCACAAUUAGAGGUAGAAUUUUCGCUAGAAGAAUUAACAAGGUGUCUAAAAAAUAAGAAAUCUUCUCCAGGGGUAGACGGAAUAACGUAUGCUGUGUUAUGCAAUCUGCCAUCACAAGCAUUGUUAUUUCUACUUAAAUUGUAUAACUUGAUUUUUGUGUCAGGUGAGGUGCCCAGGCAGUGGAGAGUUAUCCAGGUCGUACCUAUUCCUAAGUCAAGUCAAGAUAACUCUUCGAAGCUAAGACCGAUUUCUUUGAUGUCCUGUGUAUCUAAGAUAUUCCACACAAUGCUAGCGAGACGCCUGGAAUGGUUUAUAGAACACAACCAGAUUCUAUCCCGAAAUACCGUUGGCUUUAGGAAAGGUCUAUCCUGUAUGGACUGCCUAGCUCGCUUAAUAUCCCACAUACAAGUGGGUUUUGCCAAAAACACUUGUACUCUAGCUUGUUUUUUAGACAUUGAAGGUGCAUAUAACAAUGUUUCGGUUUCUAAAGUCGUUUAUAUUCUAGAUACCUUAGGAGUUGGGGGCAAUUUUUGUAGAUAUUUAUGGGCCUUCUUGAGCGAGAGGCAUCUUCUGCUAAGAGACCCUGAGGUCGGUUUUUCUAUGGUGCGGUGGACAGACAAGGGUCUAGCUCAAGGGGAUCCACUUUCCCCUCUUCUGUUUAACAUUGCUACAUAUCAGAUUUGUACCGACAUAGUCAAUGUCUCAAUUUCCCAAUAUGCUGAUGACUUUGUGCUAUAUGUCAGGCAAAAGAACUUACAUGACAGUGUCUGCUUAAUGCAAGAUAGUUUAAACUCAAUGUUAAAAAUUUUAGACAGUUUAGGACUAGAGGUCUCAGCUAGUAAGUCAAAGUUUUGUAUUUUCAGCAAAGGUGAUAAAAAACAACAAGUUAACCUAUUAAUCCGAGGACAACCGCUUUGCUCUGAUAAAUCUACUAAAUACUUAGGUGUAUUGCUAGACCAACACCUGCGUUGGGGAGAGCAUAUUAAUUAUGUGGUUGAAAAAUCUCAAAAAUACCUUAACAUUUUAAAAACUUUAGCUGGCGCGUCUUGGGGAAUACAUCCUAAGCACCUACGGAGGUUGUACAUAUCCUUGAUUAGAAGUAGACUGGAUUACGCGAGUGCACUUUUUCACAAUAGCGCCA